AUGGUGGAAGAUGAAAGAACACAGUUGCUCCCCAAAGUAAGAGAGUUAGAAAGGGAAGCUGGGUGCAAUGAGCCACCAUCUUUGUCUUUCAACCACGCUGUGAGAAUACGGGAACCAAUCCCAAAGAAGCCUAAUGGAGGUUGCUCUGAUUGGGGUUGCCUCCCUCCCCGAGCUAAGUGGCCCUCUGCCCUGGCUUUCCAGGGAGGUCUCCCUCUUCCUCUUAAUUUUUGGAGCAGCUGCAUCAAGUAUUUGAUCUUCCUCCUGAAUUUCCUUUUCUCUCUUCUUGGUCUGCUGACUUUGGUGGUGGGACUGUGGGGCUUUGCAGACAAGGAGUCACUGGGGAGUGAGCAGCUGCCCCACCUGGGUACUGACCCAAUGCUGCUGUUUGUGGUGGUGGGACUGGUAGUCAGCACUGUGUCCCUAGCAGGCUGUGUAGGGGCCCUCUGUGAGAACAUCUGCCUUCUUUGGUUCUUUGCUGGGGGGAUCUUCACUUUCUUGAUUCUAGAGAUAUUGGCAGGAAUCUUGAUAUAUGCAUUAUGGGACCAACUCCAGGAUGUACUGGACAGUACCAUGCUCAUGGCCAUUACUCGGUACCAAGAUGACUCAGAUCUGCGUUUUCUUUUGGAUGAAAUCCAGUUCGGUCUAAGGUGCUGUGGGGUAGUCUCCUACCAUGACUGGAAACUGAAUUUAUACUUUAACUGCAGUUCCCCAGGAGUCCAGGCCUGUGGUCUCCCUGCUUCUUGCUGCAUCAACCCCUGGGAAAAUGGAACCAUCAUCAACUCUCAGUGUGGCUUUGGUGUUCUGCGCCUGGAUGAGGCUACAGCUCAAAGCAUUGUUCAUUUUGAGGGAUGCAGCCCCAAACUCAGGCAGUGGCUGAACCAGAACAGCUGGGUCAUCAGGGACUAUGCAUUUGUCACCACAGUAAUAGAAGGGUUGGAGUUCUUAUUGGUUACCAAGUUAGUGGGGGAUAUUAAACUCAGGAAAGCCAAUGACUGAGAAUGGUGAGAGAGUUAUUGAUUUCUCCCUAACUAAUCUCAAAGUUGUCCUUGUUACCUUUUGUCUGCUUUGGAGUGAAUCCUCCAAUUCUCCAGAGUACAAUGGAGUCAUAAUGGAGGAGUAACAGGAUAACUGCUGUCUACUUCUGCAGGACCACUAUAAUCUCUCUACCACCCCAAGACUUAAAAAUAGAAGUCAUUAAAGUCAAUUUGUAUGAUUUUUUUAAAAAUUGUUUUCAUUAUGAGGAUACAUUAAUAUUUCAA